AUGUCCACCAUACGGGACCCACGUCAAGGACCUCUAUCUGGCAUGGCUUUGUUGCCCUUCCAGUUCCGUCCAAGCUAUACCCCACCACAGAUUGCAGAACGCUGCCUCACAAUCGUGCACAAGGAGGAAGAGGAAUGGAACAAUGGUUGCGGUGGAUUUAAAGACGACCAACUCAAUCCCUUCGAAUCUGUGGGCAUUAAAGUGUUGAGGCCUGAAGACCUCCCUGACGACAAAUUGCGCGCUGUGCAAAUCGCCGACCAACCGCCUGCUGAUGAGCACUUACAGGUAAAGACACGCUUCACAUCGGUUGUCAAGCCGUGUGACGAGACGACUACCUCCCUUCCCGAACUGAGCGACGAAACUCUUGCUAGUGUCAUUGACAUGAAUUGUUGCGGUAUGCGGGAUAGUGGCGUGCUUGUUUUCCGAGCUUGUUGGAACGGGAUAGAAGUCUUCAUCAAAUUGUAUCCUUUGCCGGAAGCAAUGUUGCAGUUCGAGUCCGAGAAGACUGCCUACACCGCUUUCCGAAACGCGUACGAAAAGGCGCCCAAGUGUCUACCCAUAUGUUACGGUUGGCGCAGAAAUCCCUCGCCUCUCUUUCCCGACGUCGAUCCCCAGGCAGAAAGUGUCAUUAUCAUGCUGGAGUACCUUAGGGGUGAACCUGUGACGAGCGAGUCCAUCAAAGAACCCAUUGUCUUCGACGCAUUGGAAGCAUUGGCCGCGGUACACCUCGCGGGGGUGAUACACAUGGACGUCAAGCCCGAACAUUUCCUCAUUGUGAGAGAUGUCGGCAACCGCAGCAGCAGCGACGACCCAGCGCACAGCGACGAGCAACUAGGGUACAAAGUGGUGAUUAUUGACUUCGAUUGUUCCGAUCUGCCCCUCGGUAUUCCCUGGGCUUGGGGUGGGAGAUGGCGGAGGCAUGGUACAUGUUUCUCGAUCUGCGUUCCGGGUUAUGAGAGGGUAAGAGAGUUGAGGGAUUGUAGGACUCCGUCGGCUGCAUUGUCUUACUCCUGGUCGCUCAGAAUUGCAGUCAGCCGCUACCAGCUGAUGCUAACCGCCGCCCUUUGUAUCGAGCUCGCCGCGGGCGACAAGAGGGCAACCGGGUCCUCCGCUCUGCCAAAUGAGCGCCGAACCUCCACCAACUCACCAGGCUCGACCGGCCGUUUCAGUAAUCCGAACGCUGCGGACGACCAAUGGGUACCAACGCCUUUGUCCCAUCGCCCGAAAUUACAUUGA